CUGUAGCAUAUGGUAUAUUCCAGUGAUGCUGAGUUGGUGAUUGUGUCCAACGGGGAAGAUUUGGUUGAAGAUGAGCAGUUGAAACAUAAUCCUUAGAAAAAAAGCUAAUAACUUUUAAUACACGCGUUUCGGCAAUACAUUUCAAACGCUGUCUUGCAAUUCUCUUUGAGACAUUCACCGGAGCAUCAUAGCCUAUUCAGCUGAAGCGAGUGUAGCUCAACCAUCACCAUUGCGUUAUUUUCCAAGGAUACACGAGGAUACAACAUAUACAAAUAUCAACAGUCGUAUUAUUUCUCUGAAGUGAACCUAUGACAUGGAAAUAAGCCUCCGGAAUGGUCACAUCACGCAAAGAUUGGUCUUGCAUUGUGGAUCCCAUGACUGAAUGAGCUUUGUUCAGUGUUGCCAGUCAUGGAGCAGAUGGAUUGUAAGCCUUACCAGUCAUUAUCCAAGGCCCGGAAUGAGAUGGAGCUUGCAUACACCAGCUCCUCAGACGAAAGCGAGGAUGGUAGGAACCUUUGCAAAUCCUACACAUCCCGAGAGACCCUGCCCGAUUACGGCCAGGAGAUGAGACUCAACUACAACAGCCACAGAGCCAAGCGGAAAAAAGUGGAUGAGCCCACUGGAGAGCUGGACUUCUGUGAAUCCACCCAGCUAGCGCGGCCCAACUACCAGGCAGAGCUUCGCUCUACUCCCCAGCACGGCUACCCACUGGGCAUGGGCUCUGAUGUGGAGACAGAGACGGAGGGUGGGCCCUCGCCCGACCACGCCCUAAGACUCUGGAUGCAGGAGAUUAAAUCGGAGCACAGCUCCUGUCUGUCCAGCAGAGCCAACUCUGUCCUGUCUCUCACUGACACCGAGCAGGAGAGGAAGUCAGACGGUGAGAACGAGCUCCCCAGCAGUCCACCAGCCCAGUUCACCUUCAGACCCCUACCCCCGCCCCCGCCCCCUCCCCACGCGUGCACAUGUGCCCGCCCGGCCCCUCAUGCUCACGUUUCUGAGGCACUGCAGAGGAACACCCUGCCGGCUCGGAGCCAGGCGAUGGAUGGAGAUCCCACUCAGCCGGCCGACAGAGACAGAGGCCAGCUCCACAACAGCUGGGCACUCAACAGCAACAUCCCCCUGGAGACCAGGCAUUUUCUGUUCAAACAUGGCUCAGGCUCCUCUGCUCUGUUCAGCGCUGCCAGUCAGAACUACCCUCUGACAUCUAGCACAGUGUACUCCCCACCCCCACGGCCCCUACCCAGGAGCACCUUCUCCAGACCCAUGUUCACCUUCAACAAGCCCUACAAGUGCUGCAACUGGAAAUGCACUGCCUUAAGCGCUACCGCUAUCACCGUAACCCUCGCCCUCCUGCUCACAUACGUCAUUGCAGUGCACUUGUUUGGGCUGACCUGGCACCUGCAGCCAGUGGAUGGGCAGCUCUAUGAGAAUGGACUAAGCAAACUGAACAGAGACUCAGAGAGCAUAGACAUAACCUUCACUCCCUUCGGUUUGCCCGGCCUUAACAACACCAACAAAGAUAAGGAGCUAUUCCACAGGGGGAAAGCGAUAGACCGAGGGGAGGUGGACAUAGGUACCGAGGUGAUCCAGGCCAUUCCACCUGGUCUGUUCUGGCGUUUCCACAUCACCAUCCACCACCCUAAGUAUGUCAAGUUCAACGUCUCCCUGGCACGGGACGCCCUCUUGGGUAUCUAUGGAAGGAGGAACAUCCCCCCUACACACACACAGUUUGACUUUGUCAAGCUCCUGGACGGGAAACAGCUGAUCAGACAGGAGGUUCAGACGGUGGCGGAGGAUUCCAACUCCUCUCCCAGGAACCUGAUCCUGGCCUCCCUCCAGGAGAUGGGCUUCAUAGAGUACAUGGACGCUGGAACCUGGUACCUGGCUUUCUACAACGAUGGAAAGAAAAUGGAACAAGUGCUUGUUCUCAGCACUGCCAUCGAAACCAUGGACGGCUGCUCCACCAACUGUAAGGGGAACGGGGAAUGUGUAGCAGGUCACUGCCACUGCUUCAGCGGUUUCCUGGGACCAGACUGCUCAAAAGACUCCUGUCCUGUCCUGUGCAGUGGCAAUGGAGAUUAUGAGAAAGGUUACUGCCAGUGUCACCCGGGCUGGAAGGGCCCAGAGUGUGACAUCCAGGAGGACCAGUGCAUCGAUCCCACCUGCUCCAACCACGGCACCUGUGUCAACGGCAUCUGUAUGUGCAGCCCUGCCUAUAAGGGCAACAACUGUGAACAAGUGGACUGCCUGGACCCUCAGUGUUCUGGCCAUGGUGUUUGUGUGAAGGGGGAGUGCCUGUGUUCACCGGGGUGGGGAGGCCCAGACUGUGAGAGUCCCCUGCCAGCGUGCCAGGAGCAGUGUUCAGGCCAUGGGAACUACCUGCCAGAUUCUGGCACCUGUACCUGUGGUUCUAGCUGGACAGGCUCCGACUGCUCCACCGAGGUGUGUCCGGUGCCCUGCAGUGCCCACAGUGUGUGUGUGGGAGGGAAGUGCCAGUGUGAGGAGGGCUGGGAGGGGCCAGGCUGUGACCUGCAGGCCUGCCACCCCCGCUGCCAGGAACAUGGCCAGUGUAAGAACGGACAGUGUGAGUGCCACCCCGGCUGGGAGGGAGAACACUGCAGCAUCGCGUAUUACCUGGAUCUCGUUGUUAAAGACGGCUGUCCAGGCCUGUGCAAUGGCCACGGUCGCUGCACCCUGGAACAGAGCGGGUGGCACUGUGUGUGCCAGGCGGGCUGGAGCGGCAUGGGAUGCAAUGUCGUCAUGGAGACAGAGUGUGAUGACAACACUGACAACGACAGAGAUGGCCUGACGGACUGUGUGGACCCGGACUGCUGCCAGCAGUCGAGCUGUCACAGUGGGCCUCUGUGCCAGGGCUCCCCGGACCCCCUAGACCUGAUCCAGCAGAGCCAGACCCCCUUCGCCUCGCUCCUCUCACGCCUCUUCUAUGACCGUGUCCACUUCCUGGUUGGGAAGGACAGCACCCAUGUCUUCCCUGGAGACAUCCCGUUCGACAGCAGCCGAGCCUCAGUGAUCCGGGGGCAGGUGGUGGCAGUAGACGGGACCCCACUGGUGGGGGUGAACAUCAGCUUCCAGCAGUACCCCGAAUUCGGCUUCUCUGUCAGUCGCCAGGAUGGCAGUUUUGACCUGGUGGCUGCAGGGGGAAUCUCAGUUUCCCUGAUCUUCCAGAGGGCUCCCUUCCUCAUGCAGAAACGCACCGUCUGGUUACCAUGGAACCAGUUUGUCGUUGUAGAGAAGGUCACCAUGGCGAGGGUGGAGUCUCGCCCCCCUGUAUGUGACCUGAAGAACCUUGUCAGUCCCUACCCAAUCGUCCUCCCCUCCCCUCUCACCCGUUUCGCCAGCACCUGUGAGGAGCGAGGCCCUGCCAUCCCUGAGCUGCAGGCUGUCCAAGAGGAGAUCACCAUCCCUGGCAGUUUCUUAAAGCUCAGCUACCUGAGCACCCGCUCCCCUGGCUACAAGUCUCUGUUACGCAUCAUCUUAACCCACUCCAUCAUCCCCACUGGCCUCGUUAAGGUGCACGUAUCCUCCGCCAUCGAGGGACGCCUCUUCCAGAAGUGGUUCCCUGCUGCCCCCAACCUGGUCUAUGUCCUGGCCUGGAACAAGACUGAUGUCUAUGGGCAGAAAGUGUUGGGCCUGGCCCAAGCUUUGGUCUCUGUAGGCUAUGAGUAUGAGUCAUGUGCUGACUACAUUGUGUGGGAGAGAAGGAUGGCUCAGCUGCAGGGCUUUGAGAUGAUUGCCUCCAACCUAGGGGGCUGGUCCCUGGACAAGCACCACAUCCUUAACCUCCAAAGCGGUGUCCUACACAAAGGGAAUGGAGAGAACAUUUUCAUCUCCCAGCAACCUCCAGUCAUCCACACAGUGAUGGGGACGGGGAACGUGCGCACCAUCCCCUGCCCCAACUGUAACGGGCCUGCCCUGGGCAGCAAGCUCUACGCUCCUGUCGCUAUCACUUGUGGCUCCGACGGCAGCAUCUACAUUGGCGACUUCAACUUCAUCAGAAGGAUUCUACCCAACGGAUUUGCUAUUAGCAUUCUAGAACUGAGGAAUCGAGAUAUCAGGCACAGCACGAGCCCAGCCCAUAAGUACUACCUGGCCAUGGACCCAGUAAGGGAGCUUCUUUACCUGUCUGACACCAGCAGCAGGAGGGUCUACAGACUCAGGACCCUCACAGAGCCGAAGGACCUGGCCAAGAACAUGGAGGUGGUGGCAGGGACUGGGGACCAGUGCACCCCCUUCGACCAGGGCCACUGUGGAGACGGGGGCAAAGCCACCGAGGCCUCCCUCAACAACCCCAGAGGGAUUGCAGUGGACAAGCAAGGAUUAGUCUACUUUGUUGAUGGAACCAUGAUUCGCAAGAUCAAUGGAAAAGGAAUGAUAUCAACUGUCAUUGGUUCCAAUGGCCUGACUUCCACUCAGCCAUUAAGUUGUGACGCCCGCAUGGAUAUUUCACAGGUUCGUCUAGAAUGGCCCACCUACCUGGCUGUCAACCCGAUGGACAACUCCCUGUACAUUCUGGACAACAACAUAGUGAUCCAGGUGUCAGAGAGCAGCCAGGUGAGGAUCGUGGCGGGCCGGCCCAUCCACUGCCAGGUCCCUGGGAUCGACCACUACCUGGUCAGCAAGGCAGCCGUCCACUCCACCCUGGAGGCAGCCAAGGCCAUCACCGUGUCCCACCAGGGCACGCUCUACAUCGCCGAGACGGACGAGAGGAAGAUCAACCGCAUCCAGCAGGUCACCACCAACGGGGAGAUCUCUGUGGUGGCCGGGGCGCCCACUGAGUGUGACUGCAAGAUCGACCCCAACUGUGACUGCUUCUCCGGAGAUGGUGGAUAUGCCCGUGAUGCCAAGCUGAAGGCUCCCUCCUCCCUGGCUGUUUCCCCUAACGGGACUCUGUACAUCUCUGACCUGGGGAACAUCCGUAUCAGGGCCCUGUCCCCCAACAGGCCCCAGCUCAAUCAGAACAGCAUGUAUGAGAUCACCUCUGUGGUGGACCAGGAGCUCUAUCUGUUCAGUGUCAACGGCACCCACCUCCACACUCGCAGCCUGGUCACCGGAGACUAUGUCUAUAACUUCACCUACUCAGGAGAGGGCGACGUGAGCGCCGUGGUCACCAGCGACGGCACCAUGGUCCAUGUGCGCCGCGAUGCCAACGGCGUCCCCCUCUGGCUACUGGUUCCCGGGGGUCAGGUCUAUUGGCUCACGAUCAGCAACGGGGGCGUCCUCAAGAAAGUCUCCGCCCUGGCGCAUGACCUGGCGCAGAUCAGCUACCAUGGCAACUCGGGUCUCCUGGCAACCAUGAGCAAUGAGAACGCCUGGACAACAGUAUAUGAGUAUAAUUAUGACGGUCAUCUCAUCAAUGUCACCUUUCCAACGGGAGAGGUCAGCAGUUUCCACGGCAAUAUGGAGAAAUCAGUGCGGGUGGAAGCAGACACUUCAAAUCGGGAGAAAUUCAUCACAGCCACAAACUUCUCUGCUGCCAGCACUAUCUAUACAUUACGCCAAGGUAAGCAUGCUCAGAACACGUACCGUGUGAGUUCGGACGGCUCUCUGUGGGUGACGUUUGCAAGUGGCAUGGAGGUGACCCUGAACACAGAACCCCACAUCUCGGCAGGCGUGGUCAACCCCACGGUGGGCAAGUGUAACAUCACCCUGCCAGGCGAGCAUGCUCACAGCGUCAUCGAGUGGAGGCAGAGAAGAGACCAGGCUAAAGGGAACUAUACGGCCUAUGAACGCAGGCUCAGGGCUCACAACAGAAAUGUGCUGUCCAUAGACUUUAACCAAGCCACACGAGUGGGCAAGAUCUAUGAUGACCACCGAAAGUUCACCCUGCGGAUCCUCUAUGACCAGAUGGGUCGUCCCAUCGUCUGGUCUCCCAGCAGCAAGUACAAUGAGGUGAAUGUGACCUAUUCUCCAGCAGGCCUGGUGACCAGCAUCCAGAGGGGUAACUGGUCAGAGAAACUGGAGUAUGAGAACGGGAAGGUGGUUUCCAGAACAUGGACCAAUGGGAAGAUAUGGAGCUACACUUUCCUGGAGAAGUCGGUCAUGCUGCUGUUGCACAGCCAGCGGCGGUACACCUUUGAGUAUGACCACACGGACUACCUGAUAGCUGUGACCAUGCCCAGUAUGGUGCGUUACAGUCUGCAGUCCAUGCUGUCAGUGGGUUACUACAGGAACACCUACAGCCCACCAGACAGCAGCGGAGCCUCUGUGAUCCAGGACUACAGCCAUGAUGGCCGCCUGCUCCAGACUCUGUACCUGGGCACGGGCCGCCGUAUCCUCUACCACUACACACGCCAGUCCCGCCUGGCAGAGAUCCUGUACGACACCACCCUGGUCACCUACACCUACGAAGAGGCCUCUGGGGGGGUGAAGACCAUCCACCUCAUGAACCAGGGCUUCAUGUGCACCAUCCGCUACAGACAGACAGGUCCUCUGGUUGGGAGACAGAUCUAUAGGUUUAGUGUGGAGGGCCUGGUGAAUGCCAGAUUUGACUACAGCUAUAAUAACUUCCGGGUCACCAGCAUGCAGGCCAUGAUCAAUGAAACUCCUCUUCCCAUUGACCUUUACCGUUAUGUUGACGUGUCUGGAAGGAUUGAACAGUUUGGGAAAUUCAGUGUCAUAAACUAUGACCUCAAUCAAGUGAUCACUACACACAUCAUGAAGCACACUAAGAUAUUUAAUGCGAACGGACAAGUGAUUGAGGUCCAGUACGAGAUCCUGAAGUCUAUUGCCUACUGGAUGACAGUGCAGUAUGACAACAUGGGCCGCAUCACUAUCUGUGACAUCAGAAUUGGUGUGGAUAACAACAUCACUCGCUACUCAUACGAGUAUGAUGCUGAUAGUCAGCUCCAGGCUGUGUCGGUGAAUGAUAGGCCACAGUGGCGCUAUAGUUACGACCUCAAUGGCAACAUUAAUUUACUGAGUCAUGGCAACAGUGCUAGACUCACGCCGCUGCGCUACGACUUACGAGACCGUAUAACACGACUCGGAGAAAUUCAGUACAAAAUGGAUGAAGAUGGCUUUCUUCACCUGCGGGGCAAUGUCAUGUUUGAUUACAACUCCAACGGGCUGCUUGCUAAAGCUUUUGACAAAGUGUCAGAGAGGAGUGUUCACUAUCGCUACGACGGCCUGGGCAGGCGGGUGGCCAGCAGGACCAGUGACGGCCAGCAGCUGCAGUUCUUCUAUGCUGACCUGACCAAACCCACCAGGGUGACCCACAUGUACAACCACUCCAGCUCUGAGAUCACCUCCCUGUACUACGACCUGCAGGGACACCUCAUCGCCAUGGAGCUGAGCAGCGGGGAGGAGUACUACGUAGCCUGUGAUAACUCUGGCACGCCACUGGCCAUCUUCAGUAGCCGAGGACACAUCGUCAAGGAGAUGCUUUACACCCCUUACGGAGACAUCUACCAAGACUCAAACCCAUCCUUUCAGCUGAUCAUCGGGUUCCAGGGCGGUCUAUAUGACGCAUUGACCAAGCUGGUCCACCUGGGGAGGAGGGACUAUGAUGUGGUGGCUGGGAGGUGGACCACUCCCAACCAUAACCUGUGGAUGGAGCUCAGCAUCAACCCCAAGCCUUUCAACCUCUACUCCUUCAAAAACAACUACCCGGUUGGAGAGUUACAGGAUGUCACCAAGUUCACUACAGACAUUAGCAGUUGGUUGCAACUGUUUGGGUUCCAGCUCCACAACGUUGUCCCUGGUUACCCCAAGCCGGAGGUGGAGAGCAUGGAGCAAACCUAUGAAAUGAUGAGGACUCAAACCAAAACACAAGACUGGGACCCUAGUAAGGUUCUGUUGGGUAUCCAGUGUGAGUUGCAGAAACACCUGAAGAACUUCAUCUCUCUGGACCGGCUGCCUAUGAGUAAGGUGAGUGGUCAGCUGGGGGCGUGGCAUGGCCGGAGGCCCCGUUUCUCUGCCAUCUCCUCCAUCUUUGGUAAGGGCGUCAAGUUUGCCAUCAGAGAUAAUGUCGUCACCACCGAAAUCAUUGGGGUGGCGAGCGAGGACAGCCGACGUGUGGCAGCAAUCCUAAACCACGCGGUCUACCUCUCCGGCCUGCACUUCACGGUGGGCGGUCUGGACACUCACUACUUUAUCAAACCUGGCCUGUUGGAGGGGGACCUGGGAGUGGUCGGCCACACCGGAGUGGGUCGCGUCCUGGAAAACGGCAUCAACAUGACCGUGUCCCAGAUGACGACAGUGGUGGGUGGGAGGACUAGGCGCUUCGCUGACAUCCAGAUGCAGCACGGGACUCUGUGCUUCAACAUCCGCUACGGUGCCACAGAGGAAGAGGAGAGGGAGCAUGUGCUGGAGGUGGCCCGGCAGAGGGCGGUGGAGGAGGCCUGGGUCAUCGAGCAAAGGAGGCUGGAGGAAGGAGAGGAGGGCUCCAGGCUCUGGACAGAGGGGGAGAGGCAGCAGCUGCUCUCCACUGGACAGGUGCCCGGCUACGAUGGCUACUUCGUGCUCUCCGUGGAGCAGUACCUGGAGCUCUCUGACAGUGCCAACAACAUUCACUUCAUGAGGCAAAGUGAAAUCGGGAGGAGGUAACAGCGGCAUCUUGCUUCACUACUGCCGUGGGUUCCCCUUCACCAAAGACAGUCUGUUUUUAGACCUACAAUGAUUUGUUGUACCCUUUUUUCUAGAAUGAUGACGAUAAAAUAAGAAAAAGACAACUGCCUUUAAAAGUGACAAAUUAUGGUAUUUUGUUUCACCUGUGUUUUGAUUGUUUAGUUUUUUCUGAGAAUGAGUUGAUCAUUUGAAGCUCUUGACUGUCUUUCAUUUGAGUGAUUUAGCUAGCUUCUGUAAUUUGACCUACUUUGUAAACUGUUAGAUAUGCUGAAUCUGAGAUGAUACGCUAUAUCAAGUUCAUUACCAUAUAAUUCAUCUUUAUACAUACUGUAUGUAUAACAGUGUUGUGAAUUUCUCUCAUUUCAGUUUAUACAGUACAUAUCUCUCUGAUCUUUUGAGAAAUGGUAGUGACAGGUACAGUCUUCUUUUGUGACUACGAGACUCACUGGCAUCGGGGAUUGCUGCUUCCUGCGUAUUUGAAGUUCUGGUGGUACAAUGGAGUAGAUUGUGUGGGUUUAGACACAUUAAAUUGUAUAUAGCAAGUGCUUUAGCGAGAUACAAGUGCUUAACUUGAUGUGUUGUUACUGAUUAUUAAUUGUUAAUCCUAUCAAUAGAAGUGAUCACUGGAGUUACACAGAGCAACGGGAAAAAGUAUUCAUGCUGAAAACCUGUACAGUAUAGUUGACAUUAUUAUAAUUUAUUUUUAUUUUUUACAAAUUGCUUAUUGUAAAAUAUAAUGUAUUAUCUGGGUGGAGCUUGUGCCUUUCUGCUCUUAAAAAAACGUUGAAGGAUGACAAUUCAAAAAACAUCUUUCCAUACCAUGAAAAGUGUUAUUAUUUGUAUAAUUGAUCUACUGGACUAGAAUCCUUAUGGAGUGGAGCUUGCAGGGCAGACUAUUGUGGCCUAUACAAAAUGCUAAAUCAUAGUGUAAAUGCUGCAAAUACCUCAUCAUAUUGUAAUUCACAGGUAUUACAUUCAUUGUACCUUAAUUAUUCUGAUGCCAUUACAAGGCUGUCCUUACCAUACCCUGUUUAGAUAGACCGAGUGUCCCAGUAAUAGAAAUAUCUGAGCUAGCAAGUCAGUUGGUUAAAUAAACGUAAAAUAAAAAUAGCCAGACAGUAUCGAAGAUAAGUCUCUGCUGCCACUGAGAAACCCAAACGUCAUGAAUUAGUAACAAUCAGUGGUUUGCAUGGUAAAAAGAAAAGGUGAUAAGCUUGUAAAAAAAAAAAUCCAUACAUGUAGGACAAGGCACACUUCAAGUUUACCAAGUGGAUAGAAAUAUAGACUUUACAUCAGGAGCAGGAAAUCAUAAUAGGCUGAAAAGCAGCAAGAGAAGAGGACAAAUUCACAUUACGUGGCUUACAAGAGCCUAAGUGUGUACCAGUUACAGGUCGAAUAUAGUGGAUAUGGAGGAUUUUUCAAAAAGAAAUGCACACAGAGAGUAGCUGUUUCCCACAAAUAAAACGAAUUGGAAACAGUGUUUCAAUAUUUACACAUUUAUUUUUUUCUGUGCUUAAUUUACUGCAAAGUCACAUUGUGUUACAGUAUUAGUCAUUCCUAUUCCUCUGUGAAAAGAUUGGAAGUAGUGCUAUAUGCCUCUAUCUAGUAUUCCACAGAAAUUAUCUGAGGAAUUUCGACAUCCGCUACCCCAUCUUCACAACAGCUAAAACAUUUUCAAUGCAGCCCCAAUUAAACAAGCCUUAGUAAAGCAAUAGUUUAUUCAGUCCUUUGAAAGAUCUAAGAAACCUUAUUUCAUAAGACUGACUUUCAAGUCUGGGAAUUAAUUUUAAUUAUUUAAUUUAUUUUGAUCAGAGUAUGACAUGUUUGGAACUGAAAAAGGGGGGGUUUAAAAAGUAAAAUGUUGUCCAGCCAUCCACCCUCAAGCAUUACCCACACACACAAUUUGGUUGUACUGUUGUCAAGUAAUUUUGUAAUUGGGAUGUGUAUGGUUUGUGUUUUGACAUUUGUUUUCUAAGCUUCUCAUACGGAAAUGAAACAUUUAGCACUGUGGAAAAGUCUGAACCAAAAGCAUGACGUGCUGUUGGACGAAGCCAAACACCCUAUAUUCUGAUAUUCCCUUUAAUACUGUGAAGUUCAUCAAUAUAUUAUUCUGUGCAACCUUAUCUGUUGUUUUUUACUUUAAUUCUCAUUGGGUUGUAUUGCAAAAAAAACAAUUGUAUAAAACGUAGGCUAUAUGAUAUACUAUAUAACAUAUUUUGGGUAAAUUAAUUGAUAGUACUCCCUAUAAUUGAUAAUUCUCUGCCCAUUGGUGGUCAAAUUGAUGAUACUGUCUUAGUCGGGAUACUGUCUUAGUCGGGAUACUGUCUUAGUCGAGUCUGAAAGUGAAGAUGAUGAGAUUACCAAGAUACAUUUGUGAUAUACGGUAUACUAUGUAGACUGAUGGUAUGAAAACACUAUUGCUUGACUGCAUUUUCUACUCUGGGCUUUGACCAAGAGGCAUGUAUUUUCUGCAAGUGCUCCAGGAAGAGGGUGUAAAUAAUAAGAAAUUAAUAUAUUGGGUGUGGAAAGUUCAUGUUCAAAACAAGGUACUUUGAAGGUUUGACUUUUAAUAAAUAAAUGUGCAAAUUC